ACUCUAUGGUUAGGACGCUUCAGAAUCCCAAUCGAGGCGCACGGCGCAUGUGCACGCAGAAGAUAAGCCCUUUCCGGCCGGGAAGAUGGCGGAUGAUAAAGAUUCACUGCCAAAGCUGAAGGAUCUUGCUUUUUUGAAGGAUCAGUUGGACCGUUUGCAACGAAGAGUGGAAAAUGAGGUGCAGGCUGGCAUGGGACAGGAAGUUUCUUUGCUGGCAUCCCCAUUUCUCAAAGGGUUCCUUGCUGGGUAUGUUGUAGCCAAACUCAGAUCUUCUGCAGUCCUGGGAUUUUUGGUGGGAACUUGUACUGGGGUGUAUGCUGCUCAAACUUAUGCAGUUCCAAAUGUGGAAAAGACAAUCAAAGACUACUUCAGCUCAUUCAGGAAAGGACCAGACUAGAAGAUUAUCCCUCAGCAGUGGUGCACUCCAGAGACCCUUCUUCUCACUUUCGAAUUUCUAGACAAUGUCAACUCUUCAUAGGUUAUAGAUGUCUAACUUCUCUGGCUCCCCUUUAAGCAUCUGUAUCUAUUGGGAAAGUGUUUUAUACUGGAUGAAUAUGCAACUUCAGCAGGUCUGAUCACAAUUAUUCUCAGACAUUCUAUCAUUGAAGUGGUGACUGCUGCUUCAGCCAUGCUAGGGCUUGGAUACUUUCAGAACGUCAGCUUGGACAGCUAUGUUGCUUUUCUCUGAUGUGCUUGCAUUUACAGUCUGGAGUGAAGGGCAGCUGUUGGGUCAUCACACUAGCCUGCUUCGUGUUCUGGAAGCUCCACAUAACCCUUCCUUUGACUAGGAAAGAUGACUUGCAUAGUUCACAUGUGAGAUGUUUGCUCUCUUCCCCAUCAUGCACAAGUAUUAUACCCAAAUAAGAAUCUUAUAGUGACUAGUUCAUGUCUUACUGAUCUGAUUCAUUGAAUGUGUGGCGUAUGUGUGUCUUCCUCCAUUAAGCUGUUUUUGUUUUAAAUAAAAACCCUGAUUCCUCUCCCAUAAAACGUUAGAGACUAAAGCUA